GUCUAAUCAUAUCAAGGAAUAAUGGAGAACUACACAAAAAUAGAAAAGAUUGGUGAAGGAACUUAUGGUGUUGUGUAUAAAGGAAAACACAAAACUACAGGCCAAGUGGUUGCCAUGAAGAAAAUCCGAUUAGAGAGCGAUGAAGAAGGUGUUCCCAGCACUGCUAUCAGAGAGGUUUCCUUAUUAAAAGAACUACAUCAUCCCAAUGUAGUCUGUCUUCAGGAUGUGCUCAUGCAAGAUUCAAGGCUUUACCUUAUCUUUGAAUUUCUGUCUAUGGAUCUCAAGAAAUACUUGGAUUCUAUCCCAUCUGGACAGUAUUUAGAUCGUAUGCUUGUAAAGAGUUACUUGUACCAAAUCGUGCAAGGCAUUGUGUUCUGUCACUCAAGAAGAAUUCUGCACAGAGACUUGAAGCCUCAGAACUUGUUAAUUGAUGACAACGGAGUAAUUAAACUUGCUGACUUUGGGCUUGCUCGGGCUUUUGGCAUCCCUGUGCGUGUCUACACACAUGAGGUAGUAACACUGUGGUACAGAUCCCCAGAAGUGUUGCUAGGCUGUGCACGCUACGCAACACCUGUAGAUAUAUGGAGCAUAGGCACAAUAUUUGCUGAAAUGGCCACAAAGAAACCACUCUUCCAUGGGGACUCGGAAAUUGAUCAACUCUUCAGGAUCUUCAGAGCUCUGGGGACACCCAACAAUGAUGUGUGGCCUGAAGUAGAAUCCUUGCAGGAUUACAAGAACACUUUCCCCAAAUGGAAACCAAGCAGUCUGGCCUCUCAAGUGAAAAACCUGGAUGAUGAUGGGCUGGACCUGCUUUCCAAAAUGUUGAUCUAUGAUCCUGCAAAGAGAAUUUCUGGCCGUGUGAUCCUGAACCAUCCGUACUUUGACGACUUGGACAAAUCGAAACUUCCAGCUAAUCGGAUCAAAAAAUGUUAAAUGCUUUAAAACAACCUCUGGGGUUUUGGAGUAAAAUUACUGAAAGUCU